AUGGACGAUCUACCGCGGUCAAAGAUCAUCAAUAACAAUCCUAUCGGAAAGGGCCUUGAUGCCUUCUAUGGUUCGUUCAAUUCGGUCUGCGAAGACAGGAAGAUCCCAUGCACUCCGGACGCGCUAGGUCAACUUGACCAAGAUGAACUCCGGAAACUUAUUCGUGCCUUUCUAAGAGCGGUGCAAAACCUUCCCGCUGCUGACCUGCUACCUGCCAGGACGGGUCGCGGCAGCCUUCGAGACGACCUUCUGCGGCUUGAACUCUCGCUCCGCUCCGACGACUUCGACUUCGACCGUAUCAAACCUCUCCUCAACAGCUUCGCGAACUCCUCCGAAUACCGCAAGGAUAUAGACAGAGUCCUCAGGGAUGAACUCGGCGCUAUGUACGUCGGGCUUCCUCGAUUCCACGAGACCUUUUUCGGACGGGUGGCAGGUCUCGAAGCAGCGUCCGAGGCCGUCUUCAAGAAGUGCAUGGAAGGCAGCGAACCACUCUUCAGUAAUAGGUGGAGCGGAUGGCCGACAGAUGCAAAUCAGGACGAUUUUACGGAAUUGAACGAGAAACUAGCGACAUUUGCAGGAGAGUACAAGUCGACUCCGACACAUCGACGAAGGCCACUAGCACAACCCAACAAGCCGAUCCAGGGUUCCACGGCAGAACGCAAGUUAGACGUCGGCUUCGUAAACGACCCCAAGGCUGGAAAAGACUCUCGAUGUCACUGGACGUACGCGAGAGAAGUGCUCGCUACUCAAGACACCCGUCGCUUCGAGUUUGACCGGCUAGGAGCGAUCGCAUCCGAGCAGUUCAACAUCAACGAGGAUGGACUGCAGUUCAUAAGCGAGGAGGAGCUUAGCUUCGAUCCGACAAUCAUAACGGCGAGUAACGAGCGAUUCAUCAAGAUCGAGCGGGAUGGUUCAACAAAGCGCCUCAUCAUUAACGAGUUGAUGCAACGCGCACGUUACAUCGCUAGCCGGGCCACGACUUGCUGGAAAGCCCAUCUUAAAGGACACGCACAGACACCGCUCCAAUACCCCGAACGCGAUAAGGAGGGCGAAUUGUUACGCGAGGCAACUGGUCAAGGCGUUGUCAACGUGGCCCGAUACUACCACCACGAGACUGUUCAAGUACACGGCACGGAUGACGACAUUCGAAGCAACGUUCGCGGAGGACUAGAUGUCACCACAGCUACGAACUACCGGCCGGAACGCUCGAUGCCGCCGCCGAGUAUAAUCGCGUCUAGGGCUUCACGGAGAGGUCGCAGCAGCAGCCGCGCUACUAGCAAGAAGCGAUCAUCCAGUCAAAUUGGCGCCCCUCUGCCCCCCAGCAAGCGAUCCUGUUCGGCAUCUCCAACGAAGGCUGGCGGCGAUGCACUGCCGAAUCGCGUACAUCGGCGUGUCAUUCUUCGUAACUAUGGAAAGCCCAUCUACAAGGCGAGCUCCCGAUCGGCUCUCCUUAUCGCGAUGGAGGGCUGCAUUGAAGGACAUGAAUCCUUACGCAAGGCUAGCUUCCUCCACAGAGACAUCUCAAUCAACAAUCUCAUACCUUCGUUCUUAAUUGACCUUGACCUCACUGUUAGAGAGCAACGAGAGGGCGCCUCUAGAGCAAAGGGCAAGACCGGCACGAGGGCAUUUAUGGCAAUCGGGGCCCUUCUAGGCGAGCAGCAUUAUAUCGGACCAACUAAGUUUAACAGCUGGAAUUACGAGAGUGAUAACAAGCUAGUUCGAUCGAAAGUCGGCGAUAAGAGUAUUUUUCUCAAGAUCGCGGAAGAGAACUUCACAUCGUACUACCAGCCAUUGAUCCCGUCGGUCAAUAGACUACGGAGGAAGGUAUUUCCAAACGGUGAGAGGUGGAAGAGGCUGGAGCCGGAGCUCUAUUCCUCGAUGAAGAAGAUCCUUCGCGACGCCCAGAAGGACCCGGACGUGUUGGCGGAUGGUGGGUAG